AUGGAAGAGAAGGAUCUCAAUUUGAUUGAUAAGGAUAACCUUGACGUUGAGACCGGCAACUUAAAAAGCGAAAACGCCAAGUACAUGGAGACACACCCAGAACUGCGAGACUUGUUGAAUGACUUCAUAUCCUCCGUUCUGUUGCAUACACCGGAAGAUAUUUUUAAAUACGCAAAUGAAUAUUUUUCUUACUUUAAAAAAAAGUAA